CUGGCCGUGGCUUUUGCGGUGUAGCGCAGCGAGUUGGCAUCGACGCACCGAAAUUCAGCAUCAAUAUGUUAGUUGCGGACUAGGACUUUCAAACUAACCAUCGAUCAUGGCUCGCCGCGUGCUCUUGUUGGGCCUUGCAGCGGCUGCACCCAGAGCCGCCGCCCUGGUCGCCCCGCGGCCGCGCGUCGUCGCGCGGCCGGCGACCAGCUUGCCGCCGCCGCCGCCGCGGCGACCAUCACUUGCAGUCACGCAGCGACGACGGCCACUCUUAAAAGCGAAGCCGAUCGCCGCGGCCGAGAAGUACACGCUGUAUGACUCGCGCUGGGCGCACUUGUUUAUGCUCUCGUUCCUAGCGUUCGUGUCGGACUGGGUCUGCUUCGCGACGGCGGCGAACCCCGGGGCGUUUUCCAGUGCUACUGGUAGGGACCCCGCCGAGAUAAUCGACCUGUUUCUCCUGUGCAACGUCGCGAGUUGUUUCUUGUUCACUGAUAUAGCGAAAGCCUUUGGCCUGCAACGGGUCAUGGUCGCCGCGUCCGUAUUGAUGACGGCGGGGUGUUUCUUGCGGAGCGGCAUCGAUCCUUCAUCUUUACCGUCGUAUGAUAUGAUACGAUUGGGUACUGCUUUAGUAGGCUUCUCGCAGCCCUUCUUCCAGUGCUCGCCACCCUUGCUCAGUGCGACGUGGUUCGGCGCGCGCGAACGAGCAACAGCAACGGCCACUGCUCUGAAUGCGAAUCAGUUGGGCAUCGCCGCGGCCUUUGUGGUUGGUGGCUUGGUGGUCGGCGACGACGCCUCGAAACUCCCGGCGUAUUUUCUCGAUAUCUCUGCCGCGUCUCUCGUAGCCUGUGCUUUGACAUGUGUGUUCUUCCGGUCGCGGCCACCGACGCCGCCGACCGCGUCGGCACAACGGGCCGUAGAAAAGUCCGAAGCACCGCCAGAAGACGAACCUACAUUUUUAGGCCUGCGCUACCCCCGCCUCCUGAUCGACUUACUCCAAGUGGAAGGCUUCAAUCCUUCUCUAGGCGCGUUCGUGUGCUCGAUAGGCGUGACGAACGUCAUCUCGGCCUUCGCCGCCGAAGCGUUGCAGCGCGCGGAGUGUCCCCCGGCGGAGCUGGCCGUGGUGGGUGCGGCGUUCCAGGUCGCUAUUGUUCUAGGAGGUGUUUUAGUCGGUGGCUACGUCGACGAAACGCGGACGUUUAAGCGGACGACACUAGUCUGUCUCAUGGUGGCUACCGCUUGUGUGACAUCCUUAGGCCUGGCCGAGGGUUUUGAUCAACACUUUCCGAACUUCGUGGUCGUAGGCGUGUUGCUAUUGUUGGGCGGAUUCAUCGGUCCCGUGCAGCCCAUCAACGCGGAGCUAGCGGUGGAAGUCGCUUACCCAGCGGACGAGAACGCCAUCGAGGCGACACAACAGCUGUCCGGGAAUUUAGCUUCCGCGUUGUUGGUCCCACUAUAUCAGUUCCUGGCCGGCGUCGACGUGACCUUCGUGCCGUCGGACGCGCCGCACGGGCCGCUAGGCCUGUCCAAAGCGGCGGGCGGCUUUGCGCGCGCCGUGACGGCAGCAGGGCGGCCCGACGUCACGACCAUAACUCUGAUCGACCCGGAGUUUUUAGAUGUGGAGCGCGCCUUCGACAUGCGUGGUGAUGAUAUUUUAUUAUUACUACUGCUGGUGGGCACAAUCGGCUUCUUCUCGCGCGCGGACUUCGACUUGAGGCGGUCCGCGGUCGACGACGCGUCAUAAGUAACACAAUCGUUAAG